UUAGUUCCCGGUCGACGUUCGACGGUGUCGAAUCAGCUUUUCCAAAUAGUUCGGAUAUCGGAUAUCGCCCAUAUAGAGUGUACUUUUCCACAAUCGCACCGUUGCUGUAGCCGCGUGGAAAGGGAAAUGCGGCCCGAAUUAGGAACACCCGAAAGUGACCAGAACGCUCAUAAAUAAUCCAGUGAAAAUGAAAGCAAAUCCCGCGAUUCUGCUCAUUUCCUUCUCGCUUCUGGCCUUCCAAUCCAAUUGUGUAGCUACGCAAAAGUCGCAGCUUGGUCAGCCGCUUAUACAAUUGAGUCACGACAACAACGACGAUGACUAUCCAGAAGUUAAGGACGAAAUUCACUUGGAAGACUUCUUUUGGACUGGCUCGGGGGAUGGGCCACCGGAUUUUCUGAAGAAGGUGCACACGGGGAUUACCAAGGGCAAGGAAACAGUUUUCAAGACCGAAACGGUGGUGGCCACCAUCUAUGUGGAUGGAAAUAAUGAGAUCGACAUACCCAUUUGUCUGGACUGCAAGCCAGAUGAUGGCGGCGGCACCUGGGACAUGGGUGGCCCAGGAAUGCCUCCUCUGAACUACUCCGCCACGGACCGACGUUAUUGGCUGCUGACCGUCAUGUCGGGAUUCUAUACGGCCAAGGAUAAUCCCACGUUGGAGGAGAAGCUGGCACGGCUAUAUCGUCUGGCUUUUACCAGACAACAAACCAGGCACCUUGGCAUUAAUGGAGCUCAACAAAUCGAAGGGGUUAACCUACCGGCACCUCGAGAACGUCGAAAGUCUUUGACGCUACCGACGAGAGUGGAAACCACGACGGGAUCGCCAGCAGAUGAUGUCGAAAUACUGGACAUGCAGGAUGAGGACGAGCAGCACUACAUAAAGAGUGUGAGGCGACUGGGCGAAGACACCGAGUGGGCCAGCCACUCGCAGGAGGAGCAGGAGCAGGAGCAGUCCGAGGAGCAGCUCCCAUUGGGGGUCACACCCUCGACCAGCACGGAAUCGAUAGAUUAUGGAGCAUACGUUACUCUGAUCCCCUGGGAGCUCAUACAGCAGAAUGGGAAAUCGGAAAAGUUGCGGGAAAUGCACGAAACCUUGUUGACUAAGCAACCGCCGGUGCAACAACAACAGGAACAACAACAGGGGGCGCAACCACCACCCCAGACCCAUCCCCAAAGCCUUCCCCAUUCCCAGUCCCAGUCCCAGCCACUUUAUAGGGACGAGCACGUCAGAGUUGUCAUACACAACCUAACACAAAUUAGCGAGGCGGAUGUGCAAAAGUGGAGCACCAACACCAAUGGGUUCGGUACCAUGGAGGAGCACAACUACGUCAACCUCAAAUUCAGCAAUGAUCGACCGAUAGCCAACCAAACGGAGCUGAUUUACACGGUUCUGGUGAAUGGUCGACCUGUUUUGGCCACAACAGCAGCAAAGGACAUGGAACUGGUCAGUGAAUCCGAAGCGGUGAAGACAUUUGGACAGGCCGUAUAUAUGAAAUCUGAACCCUACAUCAGGGAGCCCACGGCAACCGCUUUGGCUCCUGUUCCUCGAAGUGGACAGGCUGGAUUCUUUAACUCGGUCAAAAACAACGUGGCCCUGGUUGUCAUCAGUUCUUUGGCCAUACUGCUGCUGAUGCUGCUCCUCGUGGCGGUUCUACUCCUGGGACGAACCCGAUCCCGGCAAAGAGAACUUAGUGCAGUCAACAGAAACUCCUCCCGCAACGAACUCCUCUCCGAUGGUCAAUCAAUGCGACCUACGACUAGUGAGAGGACCGAAGGAGAACCAAGUCCAGGACAUUCCCAAUCCCGGGAGGCAGGAGUAAGGAACUUCUCCUACGAGAGGGAGCCACGCAUCAGUUUCCCAGCUCCGCCGCAGGAGACACGAUCCCGUCGAGAGUCCAUUUCCUCGUCCACGGACAACACUUCCGAUUCCUCCGUUUACUGCCCUAUCAAUCCGCCGAGUGCCGAUGUCCAAAGGAUCCUGGACGACAAGGCUGCCCGCUUGUUUGACGCCCAUAAGAGGCGUCAUCAGUACGAUCGAGCCGAAGGUCACGAGGAAACCGUUUACACAUCCGUGGUGUCGGAGAAGAAGAGCGACAAAAUGCGACACAAGUCCAGAAGGCGCUACCUGAACGAGAACCGAGUGGGCUCCUUGGAGACGAGUCCGGUCCAAGGUUCCCUGGCGGGUCAUUCCUCCGCUGAGGAGUCCCCCGAAGUUAUGCGCCGGAGCUACGAGAACUUCCAACGAAGCGAAGCCUUCAAUCCGCACAACAACUACCACCGGAACAAGUUGCUGACCCAAAAAACCGGCAGAGGGGCGUCCGCCGAGGCCAUCAACAGCGAGAUGAUCCGGAAUAUUCAGCCAUCCGACAAGUCGGAUACGGCCAGUGUGGGAUCCUUCCUGUCGAUGGCCUCGGUCCGGGCCUUUCCCAAGAGUACUCUGCCGGAACCACUGAACCGCGUACUGGAUCCCGUCUUCGUCACCUACUACGACAACGUGAACGCAGUGGCGCCUCACAACUCCACAAGAUCCCUGCGAUCCCACAAGUCGCAGGGCAGCAAGGACAACACCAUUGCCACUAUCGCCAGUUUUCCCAGUCCCAAGGCACCGCCGUCGGUGAGGAAUGUCCGCUCCGCCUCGCACAGCGACAAUCCGGAUCCGGGAGUCGUGGGUCCCGUGGUCUGGGAGCGGCACAAGAAGAAACAGACGCAGGAGGCCCAGACCUAUGCCGACUACAACCCCAGUCCGCUGCACAAUCCGUCGGCCAUUAGAAACCACUACGAGGGGCUUCUGGAGGGAGCCCUGCAGAUGUACUCCAGCCAGGACGACAUACCCAUGCCCCUGCCCACCCAGAAUUUCACCAACAACCGGAGGGCUACGAAGCGCGAGCACAGGGGCUCAUCUGCGGGAUUGCCGAGCUUUCAUCCUUCGGCGGAACCCAAGAGCUUAGCUGAACGUCCGGCAACCGCUCAGCCGGAGAAGACGUCCAAGUCGGCGCACUCGACGCAACCUCCGUCGCCUACUUACAGUGCCUGGGGAGGUGGGAGUAUGUACAGCUCCCACUCCACCCUGAAUCGUCCAGUGAGCGCAGGACCCUUCCAGAGGAUGGAGGCCCGAUUGGAUGCGACUGCUCCAUCGGGCAGUAGAACGGGAACUGCACCCCUUAUCGAGGCCAUACAGUCCGAGCUACGAAAGUUCAAGCAACAGCAGGAGUAGAGCCCACAACGGAUGAUCUUAGCCAUGUCAUGGCAAUGGCGUAUCAUUCAUGUCCGAACCAAAACUGUUUGCAAUUCAUUUAGAAUAAACUUUUCUUAAUACUCCAAAAGG